AGCCCGAGAGGCCGGCGUCUUUCCCCCAGUUUGCUGUUCACCCGGUGCGCUCGGGACUUGCCCGUAGUGGUGACGGAGGCAACAUGUCUGUGGCGUUCGCAGCCCCGAGGCAGCGAGGCAAGGGGGAGAUCACUCCCGCCGCGAUUCAAAAGAUGUUGGAUGACAAUAACCAUCUUAUUCAGUGUAUAAUGGAAUAUCAGAAUAAAGGAAAGACCUCAGAGUGUUCUCAGUAUCAGCAGAUGUUGCAUACAAACUUGGUCUACCUUGCUACAAUAGCAGAUUCUAAUCAAAAUAUGCAGUCUCUUUUACCAGCACCACCCACACAGAAUAUGCCUAUGGGUCCUGGAGGGAUGAAUCAGAGCGGCCCUCCCCCACCUCCACGCUCUCACAACAUGCCUUCAGAUGGAAUGGUAGGUGGGGGUCCUCCUGCACCACACAUGCAGAACCAGAUGAACGGCCAGAUGCCUGGGCCUAACCAUAUGCCUAUGCAGGGACCUGGACCCAAUCAACUCAAUAUGACAAACAGUUCCAUGAACAUGCCUUCAAGUAGCCAUGGAUCUAUGGGAGGUUACAACCAUUCCGUGCCAUCAUCACAGAGCAUGCCAGUACAGAAUCAGAUGACAAUGAGCCAGGGGCAACCAAUGGGAAACUAUGGCCCCAGACCAAAUAUGAAUAUGCAACCAAAUCAAGAAUCCUCCUCCAGUGGAUUUCAAGUCACCUACCAUGGAUCUGUUGUUUCCCCUUGUUUGCAGAUUACUUUAGGUCCAAUGAUGCAUCAGCAGCCUCCUUCUCAACAAUACAAUAUGCCACAGGGAGGUGGGCAGCAUUACCAAGGCCAGCAGCCACCUAUGGGAAUGAUGGGUCAAGUUAACCAAGGCAAUCAUAUGAUGGGUCAGAGACAGAUUCCUCCCUAUAGACCACCUCAACAGGGCCCACCACAGCAGUACUCAGGCCAGGAAGACUAUUAUGGGGACCAAUACAGUCAUGGUGGACAAGGUCCUCCAGAAGGCAUGAACCAGCAAUAUUACCCUGAUGGUCAUAAUGAUUACGGUUAUCAGCAACCGUCGUAUCCUGAACAAGGCUACGAUAGGCCUUAUGAGGAUUCCUCACAACAUUACUACGAAGGAGGAAAUUCACAGUAUGGCCAACAGCAAGAUGCCUACCAAGGACCACCUCCUCAACAGGGAUAUCCACCCCAGCAGCAGCAGUACCCAGGGCAGCAGGGCUAUCCAGGACAGCAGCAGGGCUACGGUCCUUCACAGGGUGGUCCAGGUCCUCAGUAUCCUAACUACCCACAGGGACAAGGUCAGCAGUAUGGGGGGUAUAGACCAACACAGCCUGGACCACCACAGCCACCACAGCAGAGGCCUUACGGAUAUGACCAGGGACAGUAUGGAAAUUACCAGCAAUGAAAAAGUACUUACAUUCCAAUAGCCUGUAUCUAUUAGCAGCCAUAUUGUCACCUCAGCACUGUGGACACCUUCUUGUGAAGAGAUCCUUCCAUUCCAUCUAGUUUUUGGAAAAACCUUGUGGAUAAAUGGCUGUUUCAUCAGUAAGCAGUCUUUGUGGCUUAGUUGUAAAAGGCUUUUAGUAGCUCAAAUAUACUCUUAAUUUCACAUUUCUACUCUAGAUGGCAACAUUGGACAGAAAAUACGACAUAACCAAUUUGCAGUGAUUUCGGAACUGUGUUUCAAAUGGACUGUUACAGACUGAAAGGUGUGAACAGCUUUGUAUGUUUAUGAAGGUUAAGGGAAUUUAAUACUUUUCCACAGAUUCUUUUGUAAGGGGAAGAGGGAAAUGUACACUUUUUACAGCAGCAAUAUUUUGUAUAUCAUGUUUAUUUCGUGUGGUGAAUAUGCAAGGCGGGUACACUACGCAUUGGGCAGAAUCAGAGAUCCUCUGUUAAUGUGGAUUGAAGCACGGUGAAUGCUUGAUUGUGUUGGUCUCAAAAUGGUGUACUAUAAAGGUAAAGGUGAGGGAGAAGGCAGAGCACACCAUAUGUCCACUGUUAAUAGUUUUUAGAGGAAAUUCAGAUCUGUUUUAUCUGUUAGAUAAUCAAGGGCACUGUGAUACAGUUUUGAGUAAAAAGACGUUUUUUAAAGCUUCCCAGUUUUGUGGAUUAAAACCUUUUUAUAAAGAUCAUUUAUAAUACAGUUUUAAAAUGUGAGACAAUAAGAUUCAUAUUGGACCUGAAGAAUCUUGGUAACAGUUUUAUGUAAAUAAAAUGAUAAUCCUCUCCUAAAAUAGCAAUAACUGAAAAUGGAAGUGUUAAUUUUACUUUGAGUAAUCAGGGAACUUAGUACGUUAUAUCAAAGCAUUUUAUAAAGUCAACAUUGAUCCUGUAAUUUUAUUUUUUAACAUUAGAAGGUUAAUUGGUUUAUAUAAUAGAAGAGUUCAGGAGACUUAACAAACCUAUAUUUCAACUUUCUAACUGGAAAUAAUACCAUUUAUAACGGGACACUUAAGUUUUUCCCUUUUUUAUGUUGGUUAAUAUAACAGAUGUUUAGGGAAAUGCUUAUUGAUAAGGUUUAUUAUGAUCUGUAUUAAAAGCAUAGAGUUUGCAUUCUAGAUGACUUUGUUUAUUAGCAUGGCAUAUCUAACCAUAUUUGAGACUGUCCUGUGCCUGAUAAUUUUAGCUUAAUUCAGGGAUAUUGCAUUGGGCAGGAAAUCAUGCAUUGAGACGUUUAUAACCACAAUUAUUUAAGUGUAAUCUGAAAACAUCUAGCUGAAAGGUAAGUUGCUAUUUUUAUCACAGUUGCCUAUGCCCAGUAUUUUUUAUAAUUCAAUUGGUUUUUCCCACUUCUAAAUGGAAACAAAACAGAAGGGGUGCCAUUAAUUUGAAUAAGCAAAACUUACUGUCCUCAAUAUACUGUAAUCAAAAGGAGGAAUUUCAGUGUGUCUUUGUGUGUGUGUGUGUGUGGGGGGAGAGUUUUAAGGUCAGAAAAGGUGUUUUUUUUCAACUUGGUCAAUAGGAAAAGGACAUCAAGUUUAAACAGAUAAAGCAUGGACAGCCUUAUUGUGAUUGAAAUGCUUAUCGGUUCUGUGCCAAUUUUCCACCACUGUGUACUUUGUUGCUAUUUAAAACUGUAUCAACUCUAACGGAAGAAUAAAUUAUUUGUGAUUUUAAUUUUC